AUAAUAAACCAAUAGAGGGCGAUGAAAGUCAAGAAAAUUUAAGAUCAAAAUAAAUAAGUUAUCAAAGAUGUAUUAAAAAGUGGAAGAACUCUCAAUUUCUACUCAAAAUGCUCUGAAUCAUCUUUUCAAGAUGAAGUGCAAAAUUAACAACCACUAUUAAUAUCUCCUAUUAAAUAAUACUAUUGAACGAAAAUCGAAUAGUUGCCUUAAAACAAUAUUGACGACUGGUGAACCAUCAUGUUAAAUGUAUGUAAUUAAAUGUGAAAUUCCAUGAAAUUAAUAGAAAAUAAUAUUGACUGAAGUUUUAAAGCAAAUAUAUAUUAACUUUUGAUGAUAUUUUAGCAUAAAGAUAGUAUAACCUAAAUUUAUUUUUAUGAUUUAUUGUUUUGUACCAUGUCACUUUAAAAUAAUUGUAAUAAAUAUAUAAUAUGUACUAUAAAAAGCGGUACAAAAUGUGUAGUAAUAAUGUUAUAUAUACAUUAAAGUAAGAUAAUAUAAAAAUACAUUUUAUAGUGUCAUUAUGACGCGCAAGUGUGUAUUGUGCAAGGAAACCAAUUACAGAAACACUUAUAGCUUUUUCUCAGCACCAAAAGAUCCAGAGACUCGUAAAAAGUGGCAAAAUGCCAUAGCUAUUGAGAAUUAUGCUGUUACUGAUGAUACAUAUGUCUGUAGUAAACAUUUUCACAAAGACGAUAUUAUUACACAUUGGGUCAGUGGAGUGCCACCAUAUGUUAUAACUAUAAAAUAUAAAAAAUGCAGAUUGAGACCAGGAGCUGUACCUGGAAGAAAUUAUCAUCUCGAAGAAAAUGUACAAGCUCAAGAAAAUUCUGGUGAAUCUGAUAAUAAUAUAGGUAAAUUUAAUAAAGUAACCACAGUAGAAAAGAAAGAAACAGAUUUCCUCAUACCGAGAACCGAAGAAGAAUUACAAAUAAGUAAUAAUGGGAGUCAUAAAAUUACAUCUUUACGUUACCAAUUUUCUCGUGAUAUUAAUGAUUGUAUCCAUAAUUCUAAGCAAAACUUCCUAAACAAAAUGGAAUUAUCGGAAAAUAUUUCAAAUGUAAAUAAUACAUCUUAUAAUGGAUCUACAAUUAAGGAAUCUUCGAAGCAAAGUUUAAAUCAAGUAAAACAGAGUAAAUCAACAAAUUUUAUGGAGAACAGUAUCAUUUCUGAUACAAACCUAAUGAAAGACAUAAAUUCUGAAGACAGAAGGGAGAAACAAAAUCAAGUAUCCAAAGAGGAUUCUUAUUUCAAUGUAACCAAGAAAGUCUCAGAGUCUCCCUUUAAAAAUUAUAUUUCUGAAGAACAUGAAACAAUGAUAUGGAAGCAUAAAGCAGUGAAAAAAGAUAUUGCUUCUAUGGAGAAACCAAUAGAUAAUAAUUUUGAAACCACAGAGAAUGUAUAUAUAGAAAAUCAAAUAAUGUAUAAUUUAAAUUAUAAUCAGUUAAAUAAGUAUUAUCCUAUGAGUAAUGAAAUUGAUGAAAGUCAAAUGUUGUUCGAAGAUUUACUUGAAAUAUGUACAGAGGUAUUAUUACCACGUGGUUGGUCUUGUUUAGUAACAUCAAAAGGUCUCACAACAACGAUAGUGUAUUUGUAUAUGGGAAUGACAGAAGGUGGAAUGCCAUUCACAGAGAAGCAAGUGUUUAUUAAGAGUGAUAUGAUGUUGCAUUGUGCUGUUGUAAAUAAAGAGAUUAAUCCACUUAUUCAUAACCUCAUAAGAGAAGGAAAACAUUUACAGGUACAGAGUUUAUUAGAUAUAGAAGAACUUAUUGAUGAAUUCAAUCAAAGGACUGUCUGUCAAGGUAUAUAUAAUACCGAAAGAUUCCAAAAUAUGCAUCGUAUCAUAGUUGCUUAUAAAGAUGGCAUAAAAUGGCGACAUGCUUUAUGUCCACUGAUAGUGAAUAACGAUUCAUCAAGAUGUACAAGAUGCAUUUCUCUAUCUCACACAUUACAGCAUAAAUUGAAAAAGCUUGUAUUUCCUCGCAAUCCUCCAAUAUUUACAGAACAACAGCAGAAUAUAUAUUCAGUUCGUCGAAAAAACAAACAUACAAACAGACAAGAUCGCAGAUAUGAAUUUAUAAACAUCUUCAAAUAACUCUAAAUAAAAUUUUUUUAGAAGUACAAA